AUGAAAUGCAAGUCUACAUGUAUGAGCUCGUCACAUAGGACUAAGAUGAAAAGACAGUCUUCCUCUGCGACUUAUCAUAUACUUGAAAAGUUACAAGACAGUCAUAAAACCGAAGACGAAGGCAUACUGUUACCAAAGCUGCAACCGAGCGAAGCAAAAUUUUUGCGUUUAGUGUCAAAAGGCGAUGUAGAUGAAGUUUGCAAGUACACUACGGAGCAUGAGAAUUUAAACUACAACUGUAUGGAUUAUAAGGGUGUUACUGCACUCUCUGUGGCUGUACUUAAAAAAAAUGCUGAAAUGGUGAAAUGCCUUCUUCAACUACCGAAUAUAGACAUCGGUGACAAUGCUCUGGUUGCCAUAAAGAGUAACAAUAUGAAAAUUGCAGUAUACCUACUGGACGCCCUAAAGAAGCAGUCUCCUGGGUUGGAGUUCGCAGGCGCGUCGCAUUCCACUGAGUUCCCCAGCCAUGUGACCCCGUUGAUUCUCGCCGCGCAGAUGGGCCACUAUGAGAUGGUGUGCCUACUCCUCGCGCGAGGACACACCAUCGUUCCACCACACCCGCCCAACUGCCACUGUAUUACUUGCAGGAAGUCCCUAUUAGAUGACCCUCUAUACACAAGCAGCGCGCGCCUGUCAGCUUACCAAGCGGUGUCUUCCCCGGUGUUCCUGGUGCACGAAGCAUCAGACCAGAUCCUCGCCGCGUUCCUCCUCAGUGCAGAUUUGGUCGCCAACGCCGAGACACACAUACACCUCGCCUCGUCGUACUUACAGCUAGCGAAAGACGUUAGUGCUUACGCUGUUGAUCUUAUGGGAUGCUGUCGUACGUCUGAGGAGGUGGAACUGAUUCUAAAGCAAACAUCUGGCUACCUCGGUAGACGUCAGUUCGAGCUGCCUAGGCUGCUGAUGGCUGUGGACUAUAAGCAAAAGGAAUUCGUUGCUCACCCUAACACUCAACAGGUUCUGGAAUCACACUGGGUUGGAGACUGGCACGGAUGGAGCAAUAAAUCUUUGAUUGGGAAAAUAUGUCUUAUUCUCAGUCGAAUCGUCAUCACUCCUUUUAUUCUUUUUAUGUGUAUUAUAGCCCCCCGACACCGUUUGGUCCGUCAUUGGCGAAUUCCACUGAACAAACUAAUUACUCACGCGUCAGCCUACUUCGUAUUCCUAGCGCUGGUGUUCCACAUCUCCAACCAGGAUAGAAACCAGCAGUCGAGGGGACCACCAGACACAGGAGCAAUGACCCCACUAGUCCUGUACGUGUGCGGCUACACGUGGUCGGCCAUCAGGAUGUGCCUGAUGCAGGGCCCGCGGCGGUACUUCACCAAGCUAUGGAACUGGGCAGAGGUGCUGAUGCUGCUGCUCUUUGGACUCACUUUCGUCUUCUGGUUCGUCGCCGCUGUAGAUAUCGGCAACAAUGAGCAGUUCGUUGAACGAAGGUACUGGAAUGAAUACGACCCAACUCUGCUCGCCGAGGGUACAUUCUGCAUAGCGACCAUAUUCGCAUACUUCCGCCUGAUGCAGUUCUGCCAACUCAACUACCACCUGGGACCCUUACAGGUUUCACUAGGGAAAAUGACCAUAGACAUAUACAAAUACAUAAUAGUGUUCACGAUAAUUAUCAGCGCUUUCGCAGCGGGCCUGGCUCGCUUUUACCAAUAUUACGAUGGCAUGGUCUAUGAAGACGAAUUUGGAAUGAAGACCGUUCAGGUGUCAUCAUUCACAAGCCUACCAGACACGUUGAAGACGUUAUUCUGGGCCCUGUUCUGCAUGGCGCCCCUGGAGAGCGCCGACGUGGUGCUAGCCAAUACUCACGAGCGUCAAGGCAAUAGCGACAACAAACAUGGGUACACCGAGCGCAUCGGAUACUUUUGUUUUGGAUGUUUCGAAGUGAUAUCUGUGAUAGUGGUGCUCAACAUGCUGAUCGCCACCAUGUCCAAUACAUUCCAGCGGGUUACCGACAAUGUCGCCAUCGAGUGGACUUUUGGCAGGACAGAGGUGUACGUGGACUACAUGUGGCAGACGACACUGCCGUCUCCGUACAACAUGGUGCCGACUGCUGCGGCUAUGAGCAGCAUGGUGGAGUGGAUCAGGACGAAGAUCUUCACGGUUCCCGGCGCCAGCGCACGGUGGUCGCUCGCCUUCUGCUUUUAUAUUGAACGGGACCUAGAAGCUAAUUUGCAGAAAGAAUAUCCAGCAUUAAUGUCGGUGCUCUUACAACGAUAUUUCAGACGUAGAGGUAGUAAACAAAAAUGUCCAGGUUUAAAUUAA